ACACCACUGCACACAAUGCUUUUCCUCCCAGCUGCUGCUCUGUGCUGUCUGUGUUCAGCACUGCUUACCAUGGCAGCACAGCUGAUUCAGAAAGAUAAAAUAUUCACCAGGAGAGUUGGAGACAAAGUCUCCUUCAGCUGUGGAGGGACUGGACAGUGUGAUGAAAGCUAUAUAUACUGGUACCAGAAGAAAGAAACACAAACUUUCAGAGUGAUUCUUGAUAUUAAUAAGAGUAAUGGUGACAUAGACAGAAGUUACUCUUCUCAUCCUCAACUCAAUGAUUUCUCUUCUGUAAAUACAAAAAAAGGCUGGGAGUUAGAGAUUAAGCAAGUUAAACGCCAUCAUUCAGCCACCUACUACUGCUCCUGUUGGGUCUCUGCUCCCCACAGAUACGACUACUUCAUCUUUGGCUCUGGAACCAAACUGAGUGUAACAGGUAAGAACAAACGUGAACCCAUCUUGUACCCAGCAGGACCCAGAGUCCACGUGGAGGGGAACAGCUCCCUGCUGUGUGUGCCCCCAGCCAUGUUUCCUUCUCUGGUCCAGCUGUCUUGUAAAAGACAGAAGAAGAACGGCGGGCUGGAGGAGCUGCCCCCUGCUGAGGGAGAGCAGCUGCAGCUGAUCCAUGAGCAGGAGAACAGCACAUAUAAAUGCAGCUGCUACAUCAAUGAUGGUGGCAGAACAGUGGAGGCCCAAACACAAGAAGAGCUUCCAGCUCCAGCAGCCUCCUGUCCUCCAGAGAGAGAGCCAGCAGACCUGCCAGCUCUGCAGCCAGCUGACUGGUCCUUCCAGUCUCAGUGCAGGGUGAAGCUGCUCUGCCUGCUGUCCACAGUGCUGAUAGUGAAGAGUCUGGUGUACUGCUGUGGACUCUCUCUGCUGAUGAUCCUCAGAAACAAGGGAGCGUCCACCAACUGCACACAUGCUGACUGACUGUUUUCUGCUCGCCUUUUCUCACCAUCAAAUCUCAUCCAUUCAUCUCAUUCAUCACUUUGAUCACCAUUCACACAUCUGAGAUCUUUGUCUUACUCUCAGCUCAUAUCCACAUGUUUGUGUUACUGAGUCUGUAGUGUCGAGUGUUUUCACAUUAAAUUUACUUGUACUAAACAGUAACUUCAG